CGCCGUUCCGCCGUUCACCCCCGAAAACCGGCAGUCGAUAACAGCACGUAUACCCGGACGCGCCAGUAUUAUGUGUCUCGCAUCGCAGCGGUGCAAAUGCGCGCGCUAGGCGGGUACGAGCCAGUCCGCGAACAUCGGGUCAGUCAGUCAGUGGCAAGAAAAAAUGGCGGAUGUCGACUUGAAUAUCGACAACCUGAUACAGAGAUUAUUGGAAGUAUACCACACGCAGAAAGACCAGGUUCAGAAGAAAGCCAAGCUAAAAGAUAUUUUCUCGUCGGACUUCGUCGUUAGAGGAUGUCGACCGGGCAAGACCGUGAUCAUGACGGAGGCCGAGGUGCGCGGCCUCUGUCUAAAGUCGCGGGAGAUUUUCCUGCAGCAGCCGAUUCUGCUUGAGCUGGAGGCGCCGCUUAAGAUCUGCGGCGACAUACACGGCCAGUACACCGAUCUGCUGCGGUUGUUCGAGUACGGCGGCUUCCCGCCCGAGGCAAACUACCUGUUUCUGGGCGACUACGUCGACCGGGGGAAGCAGUCCCUGGAGACGAUAUGCCUGCUGCUGGCGUACAAGAUAAAGUACCCGGAGAACUUUUUCCUGCUGCGCGGCAAUCACGAGUGCGCCAGCAUAAACAGGAUAUACGGCUUCUACGACGAGUGCAAGCGGCGGUACAACAUCAAGCUGUGGAAGACCUUCACGGACUGCUUCAACUGCUUGCCGAUUGCCGCGAUUAUCGACGAGAAGAUCUUCUGCUGUCACGGCGGGCUCAGCCCUGAUCUACAGGGAAUGGAGCAAAUCAGAAGAAUUAUGCGUCCAACUGAUGUACCUGAUACCGGUCUUCUUUGUGAUCUCUUAUGGUCCGAUCCCGAUAAAGAUGUUCAAGGUUGGGGCGAGAACGACAGAGGAGUAUCGUUUACAUUCGGUCCAGAUGUUGUGUCGAAAUUCUUGAAUCGUCACGACAUGGAUCUGAUAUGCAGAGCACAUCAGGUGGUCGAAGAUGGUUACGAAUUCUUCGCCAAGCGACAGCUCGUCACGCUGUUUUCCGCGCCAAACUACUGCGGUGAGUUCGACAAUGCCGGAGGAAUGAUGAGCGUCGACGAGACUUUGAUGUGCAGUUUUCAGAUCCUGAAACCAUCAGAGAAGAAAGCAAAGUAUCAAUAUGGAGGAAUGAACACAGGCCAAGCGGGUAGACCAUCUACACCACAGAGGAAUCCAGCGAAAAAGAAAUGACAGCCUUCUACCGAUCCUUCACAACAACAAACGCGAUUAUCCUUAAUGGAGGCUAUCAUGCUAGGUAAAUCUGCUUUAUGCUUGUCAAAGCUUACUUAAUCACUCUAGCCGACCACUUAUGUGCAUUAGUAUGAAUCUAUUUCCCACGACUAUCAGUUAAACAGAAAAAGAGAAAAAGAUCAGAAAAAAAAGGAAGACAGGAAAGGAUAGGUGGAUGGAAGCGAGAUGUAGGAUGUUAUUCGAUGUAUUUAAGUUCGCAUAUUGAUUCGCAAAUGAUUUAGACGUUAUAUUUAGCAUGCGACGUUUCCAACACGUGUACUCGUGUAACGCACUCCGGGGCGUGUACGAUUUAUAUGUGAUAAUUUAUUGGGCAAUGAUACAUUAAUGGAUUCAUUCACACACGGAACACACGUGAACCUGCAGAAGUUCUUAGUGUUUUCUAGCGGAAGUGCGUGUUGAACACACUGAGCACCUCGUCUCGGAUGCCAUAGAUCUGAUCUCGUCUUUGAUUUUCAUGUGUUUCAGCACGAAGACGUCGAGAUACAGAACUAACCUAAUCUGAUAAACAUAAAGCUAAAGUGUGUAAGAUUUACCUCUUCCUCAAUCGCAUCUUAACAAAAUAAGAAAAGAUAUAAACGAUUCGCGGUUUUGGUUAUCACUGUACUUGAAGGGUCACUCUUGAAGUUCCCUGGCAAUUAUUCGGUGAUAUCUUCCAAACUGAGUGAUCUUUUGUAAAGUUAACUCUUUUUAAAAGGCAUUUUGUCAUCUUCAUUUAUAUAUUUAUUGCUUCCACUGUUGAUGUUGAGUGUAAUUAUGAGACUUGCUGUUAUUAUUAUUAUUAUAAUUAUUAAAAUUAAUUAAUAUUAAUAUUUUUAUUUUUAAUAUUAUUUUUAUCAUCGCUUAGCAGCUAAUUUAAAUGUCAUCGUUUCAUGAGAUGCUUUGCGUGUAUAUAGAUAUAAUUAAGUGCGUAAUGGAUAAUGAUGUAAGAGAAAGGAUGUUCAAAAAUAUAUCUAUAUGCAUAUAUAUUUUUGACCAUCCUUUUUUUUACAUCAUUAUUACGCAUUUAAUUAUAUCAUCAUGUGCAGUAUUCCAAAUGUGGUAGUAGUGACUGCACGUUCCAGAGAUGUCAUAGGCGAAUUAGAUUGUUUAUUUUCGGGCUAUAAAUUCGAAAAGAAAGAACGGAGAAUCAGUAUUUGUAAGAUAAGACAUCUACACUAACGAGCAUAUCUUUAUUCGAAGGAUACUAGAAAAAUGAAGAAUUGUAAAAAAAAAAACAGAAACGAAAAAUGAGUAUUAUACUAAGAAAAAUAAUGUCCAGAGAUAGAAUCUCAACUGCAUGUGAACUUCUCAUGCUCAUAGUAGAAGCAAACGUGACCGCAAAUGUUAUUUGAUUCACGGAACAUUCGUUGCACAUUAUGAAAGUGUUUGUUUCGAAUUGCACGAACAUCUCGGAUAUGAUUUUUGACAGGCGAACCGUACUUUCGAUUUCGACGAACUCAAAUUUUAUGUUUUACACGAUAUGUAUAUAUGCUGAUUUAUAUCACUAGGACAUUCAAGUGCUGAAGCUCACUUUCUUUUUGUUGAAUGAAAACGACGGCAAUUGCAUUUGGAUUAAUUGGUACAUUUAUUUUAAACACAAUAUUGUAACAUAUUUCUGUGGCCGCAUUGUUACGUCUUUUUACACAUUGAUCACAAUAUUUUAUGCGAUACUGGGUUCGUCGCCGAAGAAAUCGCUACACGUGCUGACACGAUUGUUUCUCGAUUAAACUGUUAAUAAUAGCGCUUUAACGAUCUCCCCGCAAACCUCGCUCUUGUUUUGUAAUCGGAUCUGUAUGAUCUUGUUUGGAAAUCGUUUGCGCGGCAGAUAUAAAAAAAAGUUGCAUUUGUUGAAAGAAAGGUAUGCAUUACGACAAGAAUCGUCGAAUAUUACUCGCGAUCGCUGCAUCGCAAUGUAUACAAGAAUACUAUGAAUCGUAUAUGCGACACUCUCCGACGAAGAAAAUCCAUAAUUCUCUACGGAAGCGCUAAUCGAUCGAAUAGUAAUGACGUCCGAGGUUGUAUUCAUACUGAGGAUAUCUUUCUAUAGUAAUGCGCAAUGUGUCUUUUAGAGAUUUAAUAUUUAAUACUUGCUAUCGGCAAAAUAUCCAUGAAUACAACCGAUAAAUCUGCUGCAAAAAUUAAUCGGGGCAAUCGACAAAGUACAUUUAUUGACGACUAAAUGAAGAUUGAUAAUUGAUGAGAGAGAAUUAUCGUAUUGUGCAAGAUAUUGAGAAAACAAUGUAGAAGUACGAUGAACGUAUAUCAAACCUGAAACAAAAAAGACUCAUCCCGGCCCGAAGAUCAAUCAAAUGUAAUAAUAAGCCUUUUUGUUGUGCGAAGACGCCACGAUUGGUACUCAUAUCGUUACUCAUUAUUUGAUUGUUAUUUAACGUUAUCGGAUAUUGAUAGCAUUCGACGAAGUUAGUAGAUUAUUAUUCAAGGUAUUUCUCAUCAGUAACGACAUAUACGAGAGAGACGCGGUGCAAAUUUUGUUUUGGAACGUGCCGAGAUGAAAAUGUGUCAUUCUCACCCUCCUCCUCCCUACGUUACUCCCUCCCCUUUCACCCUCUCAAAAAAAAAAGAAGAAACAAUCGAAAAAUUCAUUAUUGUCAAAGGAGCGGUUGUGAUCCCUCGAUAUGCGUUUUGUCCGAAAUUCAUAUAUUAUAUACAGAUAUUAUAUUUGUAAAGGGUUGGCUGGUCGCGAUUCGACGAUACUUUAUUAAAUAAGUAAAUAAAAAAAAAAUAGCGAGAGACGCUCUCAUGAGAAGGAGUUAGAUCGAGAGACGAUUAUCGUGGGUUGUUACGUCGUUCGAAUCGCUGACGAUAGAAUGCGCCAUGCAAUGGCAUCCUAAAGAUGUAAAACUUUCAGAUAAUAAACAUGCAUAUUGUUGUACAAA